AUGGCACCAACACCGCCAAUAAACUCCAUGUUCACUGACGACCGCUGGGAGACAACAAGCGUCAUCGAGGAGGGACAUGACGACGACGAACGCGUCCUUCAACGUCUUUCAAGGUGUUAUGGUUCUUCAAGAGUGUUCUUGUUGAUCGGGUUGUGGAUCGUCCACUCGCCAAUUGAAUCGCAAUCACGCCAGGGUCGCCAGUUUAACAACCAUCUAUCCAGGCAGAGACGACGUCCUGCACCACUCGAGACCUUUGGUGGUCUCAUCAUGUCGCGUUGUUCUGCGAAUUUCUUCGACACGAAGCUUAGGCCGUGGACUUGCAACGAUAAGAGCAGUCAACUCAUCCCACUUUCCCGCCAACUUCGACACCAUUCUCCUCGAGGGCGAACAUUGUCUCGGUGUCUUGUUACAAAUUCGCUCGCCAUCCACAACUUAUUCUACCCUGUUGGCCAGAUCUUCCGCACACGGGCCAGACCUUCGAAUGGUCACCCAACAGAGACGUAUCGUGAUAAAUAUUUACAUCAAAACAUGGAGGUACAGCUACAUUCGAAGUUAGUUGUAUUUUUAGAACCAUGGAAAUGA